AUGAAGAUGUUGAAGAGGAAGAAGAAGAUGAGGUGGCAAAGGGACUAUGAUAAGGAGUUUUGGGGGAAUUUCAUUGGAGAUCAGUUUGGUCGAGUUAAUGUUGCUGAGGUUAUAUGUAAUACAUUUUCAUGCUUUGACCAUACGGUGUUAGUAAAUGGGGCUACUCCUUUAAAAGAAGAAGAGAAAGAGAAGACAAGUUUUGAUGUGAGACCUGAAGAAGCAAAUAUGGGUCUGAGAUCUAUAGACGGUGAACAUGCUGCGUCGGCCACGUGGUCAAAUGGUUGUGGACAGAGUAAUGGCUCCGCCGUGGACAGUAUAAAGCUAGAAGAUAUUGAUGAUGAGGAGUUCGACAUCCCUCCUCUGUUUGACGACACAGAGUUUGAGAGGGAAGAGAUCCCAGAUCUAGAUUUUGAGGAUGAUGGUAAAGAACUUUGUAAAGGGAAGUUGUUUGCAAACAAAGAGGAUUGCCAGAUUCCGCUAGUGAUAUAUGCUAUUAAGAACAAAUUUCAUUUUAAGCAAACAACAACGAAAAAGGAUUCGUUUGUAGUGAGCUGUACUGGGGAGAGUUGUGAGUGGAGGGUUCUAGCAAGUGAAAUGAAGGAGUCAGGAUACUAUGAGAUUAGGAAAGCAGAUCUUGAACACACUUGCCCCAUAGAGACGAGGAGAAACUAUUUGAAGAAAGCAACCUCUAGGGUAAUUGUUGCUGUUUUCAAGUCGAAGUACUGUGAUCCGAGUAAAGGACUAGGCCCAUUGGAUCUGCAGCAAAUGGUUCUUGAGAUCUUAGGGUGGGGGCAUCAUACAACAAGUGUUAGAGGGCGAAGGGGAAGGCUUUGGAUGGAAUGUUUCCAGAGGUUGAGGCGUGUUAUUGUUGUGGAUGGUACUCAUCUGAACGGGAAGUAUAAUGGAGUGCUGCUUACAACUAGUGGGCAUGAUGCUAAUUUCCAGGUAUUCCCGCUGGCUUUCGCAGUAGUAGACAGUGAGAAUGAUGAUGCUUGGACAUGGUUCUUUGAGAAGUUAGAGAGAAUUAUUGCGGACAGCAAAUCCUUGACAAUUAUUUCUGAUAGAGCCGGGUCAAUCUACACGGCUAAGAAGAAAGUUUAUCCGUUGGCACACCAUGGAGCUUGCAUUGUUCAUCUUGCUAGGAAUGUGAAUGCCCGGUUUCAUAACAAAGGUCUUGCAAAACUGGUGACAAAAGCGGCAUUUGCCUAUAAGGUAACAGCCUUUGAGGAGACAUAUAGGCAAAUAAAGGCAAAGAACAGCAAUUGUGCAACUUACUUGGAUAAAAUAGGUGCAGGCCACUGGAGCAGGGCAUAUUUCCAAGGAAAUCGUUAUAAUUUGAUGACGUCAAACAUUGCGGAGUCAUUGAACAAAGCUUUGGGUAAGGGUCGAUCGUCACACAUUGUUGAACUACUGAAGUUCAUUCGUGCUAUGUUGACACGGUGGUUUAGUGCGAGGCGGAAGAAAACUGCUAAACAUCAAGGAUUAACUACCCCGGAGGUUGACAAACAGAUGCAGAAAAACUUGGUGGCAGUUAGUGGGAGCAGAGUCGCGAAUAUUUCAAGCUGGAGUUAUGAAGUUGUUGGGUUGCUAAACGGAAAACACCAUGUGUUACUUGAUAUGAAACAGUGUUCGUGCAAACAGUAUGAUCGAGUUAAAAUCCCAUUUGGACACGCAUUGUUGGCAGCAGAUACACAGGGGAUACCAUAUGGUUCGUUGGUUGGGGAUUUUUAUAAGACAGAGUGUUGGAGAUCUACUUAUGAAGGUGUAAUAAAUCCCGAGAUUAGUGAUGUUGAAAUACCAUUCGAAAUUCAGCACCGUGUGUUAUACCCUCCAAAGGCUCGAAGGCCAUCAGGACGUCCAAAGGAGUCAAGGAUCCCGUCUAUUGGAGAAUUUCCAAAAAAUGGUGCGGCGAAAGGGAAAGUGAAUAGGUGUGGGAGAUGCAAGCAAAGUGGGCACAACCGAGCUAGUUGUACGAACCCGUUGCCAUGA